CUGGGCUGAAGGAGAAGCAAAUCAGGACAUCACCUUCAUGUUUCUACUUAGAGAGUAGAGAGCUUAAUCUGAUGAAGCAGCAAAAUCUCAGUCUGAUGAAACUUCCCAAGUUUCCCAAGACUCUGACUCAAAUGUUCACACACUUCCUGAUCUUUCAGAUCAAACAAAAGGACCAAAAGUACCAUCAGAAACAUGACCCUGAUCCUCAGCAGACCAGAGAGAGUAUCAUGGCACUGGGAAAACUGGCUUUCCACCAGCUGGAGAAAGGAAACCUGAUCUUCUAUGAGGAAGACCUGAGAGAGUGUGGCAUUAAUGUCAGAGAAGUGUCAGUGUACUCAGGAGUGUGUACCCAGAUCUUCAGAGAGGAGUCUGGGCUUCACCUGGGGAAGGUGUUCAGCUUCGUACAUCUGAGUGUUCAGGAGUUUCUGGCUGCUUUAUAUGUAUUUUUCACCUUCAUAUUAAAUAACAAAAUUGUUAUAGGGGAGGAAAGCACUAGGAUUAUUUAUAUCUUUAAAAAACCAAGCAUUUCUGACCUACUGAAGAGUGCAGUGGACAAGGCCUUAAAGAGUGAGAGUGGUCACCUGGACCUCUUCCUCCGCUUCCUUCUGGGUCUCUCACUGGAGACCAAUCAGACUCUCUUACAAGGCUUAAUGCCACAGACAGGAAGCAGCUCUAAUAACAAUGAUGAAAUAGUCAACUAUGUCAGGAGGAAGAUCAGAGAGAAUCCAUCUCCAGAGAAAUUCAUUAAUCUGUUCCACUGCCUGAAUGAAAUGAACGUUAAUAUACUGGUAAAUGAAAUUCAAACUUUCCUGAACAGAUCCAGUAAAAGUGCUUUCAGUGGAACCAGACUCUCUCCUGCUCAGUGGUCAGCUCUGGUGUUUGUAUUACUGAGCUCACAAGAGGAAAUGAAUGAGUUUGACUUGACAAAAUUUCGUUCAUCAGAAGAGUGUCUUCUGAGGUUGCUGCCAAUGGUCAAAACCUCAGCCAAAGCUGUGUUGAGUAUGUGUAAUCUGACAGAAGAAAGCUGUAGAGCUCUGUCCCCAGUUCUCAGCGCAAAGUACACCAGGAUGAGAGAACUGGACCUGAGUUCAAAUAAACUGCAGGAUUCAGGAGUGAAGCUGCUCUCUAAUGGACUGAAGAACCCACACUGUAAACUGGAGAUACUGAGGCUGUGGAACUGUAAACUGACAGAGGAAAGCUGUAGAGUUCUGUCCUCAGUUCUCAGCUCAAACUCCUCCAGUCUGAGAGAACUGGACCUGAGUUACAAUAAACUGCAGGAUUCAGGAGUGAAGCUGCUCUCUGAUGGACUGAAGAAUCCACACUGUACAUUGAAGAUACUGAGUCUGUGUGAGUGUAAUCUGACAGAGGAAAGCUGUAGAGUUCUGUCCUCAGUUCUCAGCUCAAACUCCUCCAGUCUGAGAGAACUGGACCUGAGUAACAAUAAACUGCAGGAUUCAGGAGUGAAGCUGCUCUCUGAUGUACUGAAGAAUCCACACUGUACACUGGAGAAACUGAGGAUGUGUUACUGCAGUAUUAUAGAUGAAGGUUGUGCUGCUCUGGCUUCAGCUCUGAGGUCAAACUCCUCAUCACACCUGAGAGAACUGGAUCUGUACGAUAAUAAACCAGGAGAAUCAGGAGUGAAGCUGCUCUCUGAUCUACUGAAGGAUCCACACUGUAAACUGGAGACACUACACAUUAAGAAUAAUAAACUCACCAGGUCUGGUGUAUGACAGGAGUCUCUCCUCAGACCUUUUUUCCAGGAUAAAUCAGUUAUGGUGGUGAAGCGUUAGAACACGUCCCACAUUUCCAGCAGUUUGGGAGCUGAAUCAUUCAUAUUCAGAUGUAGAAGAUCCAUAACAAUAACUGUGACUGAUCACAUCCUUUUAUCCUCUCAGCUACAACUUCACACUUUAACAUCUUUUACAAUCCAAAGUCAAAUCCUUCAGCAUCUACACACAACACAGAGAUAUCAUCACAUCAUCACACUGAUUACACAAAUACACAUCCAUGUGUUACAGAUGUUUAGAGAUUAUUUUUACCUCUUUACUUUUAUCUCAAAUUUGUUUCUCCACAGAUGAUUGACUCACAUUUGUGAUCUUGAUUUAUUUA